AUGAUGCAAUUAAAGCACUACCCCAAAGUUUACUGGAUAUGGAAUCACAGACUUUGGGUUUUGAAGCACUACCCUACAAAUUCGUCCAUGAUCUGGCAGACUGAGCUCGCAGUCGUAAAUAAGCUACUUGAACUGGAUGCAAGGAACUACCAUGGCUGGCACUAUCGUAGAAUAGUUGUUGGUAAUAUUGAAGAGAUUACUAAUAGCAGUCUUGAUAAGGAAGAGUUUGAAUACACGACUACAAAGAUUAACAGUAAUAUCUCGAAUUAUUCCGCAUGGCACCAAAGAGUGCAAAUAAUUAGCAGGAUGUUUCAAAAGGGCGAGAUUGACAACCAAAAGGAGUACAUCCAGACAGAAGUCUCUUAUAUCAUCAACGCCAUGUUUACAGACGCUGAAGACCAAUCCGUGUGGUUUUACAUUAAAUGGUUCAUUAAAAACGACAUCGUUUGUAAAACUUUGGACAAACAGGAGUACGUCAAAAUGCUAAAGGAACUAAGAGAAAACAUCUUGUUAAUCAAUAAUGAUGAAAUCGAAUUCUCUGGAAAGCAAAAUAUAUGGUGUUUAAAGAUGUUGUUAGUCCUAGAAGACAUAUUGGAAGAGAAUGGAGCUUUCACGGAAAAAAACUCAGAAGCAUACUUGGUUCAAUUGAUGGAUGCGGACCCGUUAAGAAAAAAUAGAUACCAAAGUCUUUUGAAGAACCACAGGUGA